AUGCGGCGUGUCGUCACAGGAGUUUGCAGCGCAGGGAGGCGUGUGCCGUGGUGGCCAACCGCCUGCGUCGCGGCGAUGCAGCCUCUGAUGCAGCGUGCCGCCUUCACACGUGGCGUAACGGAAACAAGUGGAAGCAGCGGCGUAGAGAAGAGCAAGAGACGACGCCAUCAGCCGGGCGGCAGUGGUGGGCCCGUGAAAGACCGCUUCCCUCCUGUUGCAACGGACCUCAGCGACCCUCGGCGGCGGCUAGCGCUUCUUAUUGACGCCUCGAGUGUUGAACCGCGCGUGUUCCACAAUACCAUUGUUCCUGCCGUGCUGAAGGUUGGCGUGCCUGUUCUUGUGCGCUUAUUUGCGGUGCAGUUGAGCAGCGAGUGGGAGAAGGUGGUGGCCGGAAGUGAUGCGGUGAAGAAAACUGAAGGCGGCGGCAGCAGCAGCAGCAGUAAUGCGUUAGAAAAAGACCACAACGCUACCGGCAAUGAAGUAGAAGCAGCCGAAGUGACGUCGGGGUGCCCACCGGCGGAGUUUUUUCGUGUUGAACGCUUCAUACCGGUGUCGAUGCAGAUGGAGGCCGACGCGAACCACAUCUUUGACUUCCGUCGACAGAACAAGAUUGAGGCUGUGUGCUUCGUCUGUAGCGAGGUCGACCGUGGCGUCUUUGAGGGUUUCCUUGCCAACAUCGCCGGUAACGGCUUUAACCAGUACGUGCUUGAUGAGCUCGGCAUGGCGAAGGAAGUGGAGGAGGACGGGCGCUCCGCCGACGGUACACCGUGA